UAGUCGUCGUCGGCCGGCCCUCGUUAAUUUAUGCUCGCGCUUCUCUUUAGUUGCCUUGCAAGUCUCGUGCUGUUUGAUCGCCGAAGCGCGCGUAAUUCCAAGAAAAAAUCCCACUGCCUAACCACCGGGUUGAGGUUGAGAGUUGCAAAGUUCCGUCGGAAUCGGAAUCGGAAGCCGCUCGUGUCGUCGCUGGUUUCGCAGUGAUGAAGUGCAGCCUUUGGGCCAACUUCCAAGUGAUUAAGAUUAACAGAGAAUAACUACAGCCUCUAGGCCGUUGUAAAUAUAAGUGUGCAAUUGUAUCGACUCUGAUGCACUAAUCCUAAGCCAAAGCCAGUUUGUUAUACGGUGCAACGUCAUUUUAGAUUAUAAGUUAUCAAUAAGUGGAUUACGUGGAUUCGGACAAUGGAUAUGUCCAGCGCCAACUCACUGCGUCCCCUAUUCGCGGGGUAUCCCUUUCAGGGACAAGGUCGCGUCAACCAGCUCGGGGGCGUCUUUAUCAAUGGUCGCCCGCUGCCCAAUCACAUUCGCCUAAAGAUCGUGGAAAUGGCGGCCAGUGGAGUUCGGCCCUGUGUGAUUUCGCGCCAGCUUCGCGUCUCCCACGGCUGCGUUUCGAAGAUCCUGAACCGAUACCAGGAGACGGGAUCCAUCAGACCCGGUGUGAUUGGGGGAUCCAAGCCCAAGGUGACCUCGCCGGAGAUUGAGACGCGGAUCGAUGAGCUGCGCAAGGAGAACCCCGGGAUAUUCAGUUGGGAGAUACGCGAGAAGCUGAUCAAGGAGGGCUUUGCGGAUCCACCGUCAACGUCAUCUAUCAGUCGCUUGUUGCGGGGAAACGAUCGAGGCAGCGAAGAUGGUCGAAAGGACUAUACUAUACAUGGAAUUCUUGGAGGCCGCGACUCCGACAUAAGUGACACGGAGUCGGAGCCUGGGAUUCCGCUGAAACGCAAGCAGCGUCGCUCCCGCACCACCUUCACCGCCGAGCAACUGGAGGCCCUGGAGCGGGCCUUUGCUCGCACCCAAUACCCCGAUGUGUACACGCGUGAGGAGCUGGCCCAGACCACGGCCCUGACCGAGGCCCGCAUCCAGGUGUGGUUCUCCAACCGCCGUGCGCGUCUCCGCAAGCACUCGGGCGGCUCGAGCUCCGGCCUCUCGCCCAUGAACAGUGGCAGUGGCUCCAGCGUGGGCGUGGGAGUCGGACCCAGUGGAGGGACGGCGCCUCUGGGCUUCGGCCCCCUCGGAGUUGGCUCGAUGGCUGGCUACAGUCCUGCGCCGGGCACGACCGCAAAUGGAGCCGGCAUGAACGAUGGCGUUCACCAUGCCGCCCACGCCCCCAGUUCCCACCACAGUGCCGCGGCGGCUGCAGCAGCGGCCCACCAUCACACGCAGAUGGGUGGCUACGACUUGGUCCAGAGUGCGGCGCAACACGGAUUUCCCGGCAGCUUUGCUCAGCCCGGACACUUUGGUAGCCAGAACUACUACCAUCAAGACUACUCGAAGCUGACCAUUGACGACUUCUCCAAGCUAACCGCAGAUAGCGUCUCAAAGAUCUCGCCCUCGCUGCACCUGAGCGACAACUACUCGAAGCUGGAGACCCCCUCGAACUGGCAGGCGGCCUACCAUCUCAACCAGUCGGCGGUGGCGGCCGCCAACUACAACGCCCACGUAGCCCAGCACCAGCAUCUGAAUGACUACGCCGCUGCAGCGGCUCACGGCAAUGCGGCUGCCGCUGCUGCCUACAACCACCCUCUGCCGGCGCAGGGUCAGGCCAAGUACUGGUCAUGAACUGGCUAGUGGAGAGCCAUUCAGUUUUCGCAUUAGUUUUAUGUAAUUCAAUUAUCAGCAGAGGCACAUGUAGAUGUUAGGCAACUAUUUAUACACCCCAAAACGUGAAUAUGGAAAAUAUCGGCUUGGCUAUAAUUUAGGAUUACUUCGCUUACUGCAUGUGCAUUAUAUGGCUUUUAUAGGCGCAUUAAGGCUGGCAACGUUUCCAUACAAUCAUUAUAAACACAUAGCUAGGUAACAAUGUAUAUUUAUUAAACUAAGUAAUGAGAUAUUGUUGAGUAGAGUACGCCGGAAUCCAACGAUGUAGAAGCUACUUGUGAGCAAAAACAAAAGACGACAUAUGUAAA